AUGCUGCAGGGAGUCGCGUGGGGCCGGGUGUUAGUGUUUCGCGACGAGCAGCCGCAGAAGAUGUUUGAGGCUUUUGCUGAGGGCUCCUCGAGCCGCGCUGCUGCGCUGCUGGCUGCUCAAUCCCAGGGAGCCUGCGGAGACGAACCCACUAUAUCUAUCCGCGCCACGGAGCCCCCCCCCCUCCCCAUCCAGCAAGGAGGAGACAGAAACCCUGCUCUGCUCACUGCGCAGAUCCGUUUGCUGAGGGCUCCUCGAGCCGCGCUGCAGCGUUGCUGGCUGCUCAAUCCCGCGGGAGAUGGCGCAGAAAUACAAGCGCUGCGGCUGCAGCUCCGCGUAGCCGCCGUCAACGCUUUUCAAGAAACCAGAUAUGCUGAUGCAACCCUACAGGCUUUGUAUUCUUAUCUUCUGGCGAAGAAAUUUUAUUUGAUCUGCGGAAAGGAACCGCUGCAGGGGGAGAUGGUACCGGAGUUGUUGCUGCUAGCCAAGUGUUGUGGUUUGGUGGGGUCGGUGGUUGAGGGUAGGGUUUACCUCGAUGAGCUGCGGCUGCUCGUAGAAAACUCCUUAAACAAAGCAGCAGCAGCAGCAGCAGCAGGAGGAGCAGCAGCAGCAGCAGGAGCAGCAGCAGCAGCAAAAGGAGCAGCGCCGCAGGCCGCAACUGUACGGAGGCCCGCCGAUGCUUUCCCCCAUCUGCUGACUGCGCUGGAUAUGCGCAUGCGCAUCCACCAAACCCGCGAGUGCGAGCCAGUACAAGAUUUGGUGCUGGCUCUGGGGUGUAUACAACACCAGGGGGGGAGACUGAGAGAGGCCCUGGAGGCGUAUAGAGAGGUUUAUACUUUUCGCUGCAAGGGUCCCGACACCCUGGAGCUGGCCGCAGCGCACGAGUUUCAGCAGUCUUUGUGUGUGGAUAGGCCGCUGCUGCCUAUAAUAAAUUUACCUAGGGUAGAGGGAGGGUUUAUAAAUAUAAGAGAAGGGGAGCCGCAGGCUGAGGGGCUGCGGGGAAGGGGCCCCCGCCCGCAGCAGGGGGGGUUAAGAAAACCCUUCGGAUUCAAGUUGCUGCUGAGCCUGCUGCUGCGCUGCCAGACCCUCUCUGCUGCUGCUAAGCGCGCUGCGCCUAUAAAGAGAAAAGCCGAUGCUGCUGCAGCUCAAGGAGCAGCAGCCAGCAGCAGCAGCAGCAGCAGCAGCAGCGGCGGCAACGGCGGCAGCAGCGGUGUGGAGCAGCAGCAGCAACAACAAAAACAAAAGCAGCAGCUGCUGCUGCAACAGCAACAGAAGGAAAAACAAGAACAAAAACAACAGCAACAACAGCAGCAACUGCAGCAAAAACAGCAGCAGCAGCAGCAGCAGCAGCAACAGGAGCAGCAGCAGCGCGCUGCGCCUAUAAAGAGAAAAGCCGAUGCUGCUGCAGCUCAAGGAGCAGCAGCGCGCGCUGCGCCUAUAAAGAGAAAAGCCGAUGCUGCUGCAGCUCAAGGAGCAGCAGCAACCACAAAAACAGAAACAGCAGCAGCAGCAGCAACAGCAGCAGCAGCAAGAGCAGCAACAGCACGAGCAGCAACAGCAGCAACAGCAGCAGCACCGACGCAUCUAAAAGCUAGUGCAGUAGCUGCACGACCAGCAGCAGCAGCAGCAACAGCAGCAGCAGCAGCAGCUGCUGCUGCUGCUGUUGGUGCAUCUGCAGCAACAGCGCUGAAAAGGCCAGCAGCAAAGUCUGCCAGGCACACAGCAGCAGCAGCAGCAGCAGCAGCAGCAAGAGCACCAGCAGCAGCAGGAGAAACUACAGCAGCAGCAGCAACAGUAGGACGAGUAAAAAGUAUAAAGACGCCAGCAGCAGCAGAAGCAGCAGAAGCAGCAGCAACAGCAGCAGCAGCAGGUGCAGCGCAAACAGAGCCAGCAACAGCAGCAGCAGCAGCAGCAGCAGCAGCAUCAGCAGCAACAACCCCGCUAGCUGUUGAUGCAAAUGAUUUCAGAGAGCGGCUGCUGCAGAAGCAGCAGCAGCUGCUGCUGGAGGCCCUCAACAGCAAACAGGUGACCCCUCGCAGCACGGACACGCAGCAGCAGCAGCAGCAGCAGCAGCAGCAACAGCAGCAGCAGCAGCAGCAGCAGCAGCAGCAAGAGCCUUUAUCCAUGAGGAAGCGGCUCGCUCUGCCGGGGGAGGAGAGCCUCUUGGGCCUCAUCAGACAGCUGCGGCAGCAACCACCAUCCAGCAGCAGCAGCAGCAGCAGCAGCAGCAGCAACAACAACACAGAACGUAGCCUAGGAAGAACAGAGGAUGAGGAGCAGCAGCAGCAGCAGCAGCAGCAGACACAACUGCAGCAGCAAACGCAAGAGCAUGCAACGGGGCCCCCCAGUCGCCACUUCUCUCGUCGUGCUGCAGCAGCUCCUUUAAGCCGCAGCAGCAGCAGCAGCAGCAGCAGCAGCAGCAGCAGCAACAGCAGCAGCAGCAAAAGCAGCACCGCCAGGACCGGCAGCAGCAUGGAAGCAACUCCCCCCCUCGACGUGAGGCAGCGCACAUAUGCAGAGCAGCAGGAGAUGAAUCGAUGGCUGCAGCAGCAGCAGCAGCAGCAGCAGCAACAGCAGCAGCAGCAGCAGCAGCAGCAGCUAGAACGCCAAGGAACGCAGGAAGCCUUCAGACGACGAAGCAGCAGCAGCAGCAGCAGCCCAAGCAGCAGCAAUGCUCAAUACCUUAGCAGCAGAUCCCUAAGAAGGAGGCUCAGCAGCAGCAGCAGCAACAGCAGCAGCAGCAGCAGCAGCAGCAGCAGCAGCAGCAUUGAGAGCGACUUUACUAUAAGCAGCGGUUCAAGUGCUGAUGAAGCUCCCAGCCGUCCCCUGCCUCCUCCUCCCAUCCGCAGCAGCAGCAGCAACAGCAGCAACAGCAGCAGCAGCAGCAGCAGCAGCAGCAAGAGAGGAAAAGCUUCUGCAGCAAGGAGACGGGGGGGGGCCCCCCACCCCGGGGGGCCCCUCGUCUCCCCCCCCCCAACUUUGCUGCAGCAGAUCCAGAGACAGCAGCAGCAGAAGCAGCAGCAGCAGAAGCAGCAGAAGCAGCAGCAGCAGCAGCAGCAGCAGCAGAGAGCAGCAGCAGCAGAGCCCAUGGCUGGGGACGGGCUCGGAGCUCCCUACGCAUUGAGGCCUUCUCAGAUAGUGAAGAUCUGCUGCCAGCAGCAGCAGCAGCAGCAGCAGCACCAGCAGCAGCAGCAGCAGCAAGGGCAGCAACAAAAGCAGCAGCAGCAGCAGCAGCAGCACGAUAUGAUGAAGAAAGUAUAUCGUCGCAAUAUAAACGAUUCACUGCUGGCAGGGGGCAGCGCUCUGCAGCAGCAGCAGCAGCAACAGCAGCAGCAACAGCAGCAACAGCAGCAGCAGCAGCAACAGUAG